CUUGCCUGCUCAGUCCUGCUAGUUCUUAUACUCCAGGCCAAAAUCUGUGAUUAUUUUCUUGUAGUUAUUUUCCUAUUUUCUUGUGCAUCUUUCUGCAUGUGUUGUAUCAAUCUGUAUUCUCAGUUUCUCCUUGUUUCUCUCUUCCCUGUUUUUCCUGGCCCCUCGCAGCCCUUCCUGCCAGCCAUGGUGUCACAUCAUGCCAUGUUUACACCAAAUCCACUGCAGUUGCCAAGCCCCUUAUCUGUGUAUUUGAUCAAAUUGCUCCUUCUCCGUGCCCCUCUGAGAACUCAUCUCUUAUCUCAUGAACAAAUCAAGCUGUCAGUCACUGUGUUCAAAUAAUUUCUUAGCUCUCCCCCCACUACUCACCACAUUGGUUAAUCUUCUCUUCCCCCACAUCCUCCAUCUCCAGCAGCACCUCUCUUCUCAGGGGUUUCAGUGCUGGCUUCUCAACUCUGCUGUCCUGCACUUCUUCUUCAUCUGUACAGCUGUAAGGUCACACCCUUGUAUUUCUAUUUAUAUUCCAUUUUCUGAUAAGACAACGUGUACAUCUCUGCCAGUAGACUGCAAACCGCUUUGGCCCAAGCUGCAAAGGUUUUUCACCAAGUCCUCAAUAGCGUACAUUUAGUGUGAAGGAGAGAUUAGAAAAAGUCAUAGUCCUGGCUACUGUUACUAGCUAAAAAUGCAAUGCUGUUAAAAAUUGUCAUUAUGAACUCAGCUGUACUGACUCAAGUGAAAUAUUUGUUGAUCAAGACCCUUUUUCAGGGUAAUUCACUGUUGCAGGUACAGUGAAAUCCAUAGGUUUAUCAGGGCAUCCUACUGCACGUUUUUUGGUUCAUUAAUUACAAGAAAGGAUCUCAGAGCAUAAUUUAAACCAGCAAAUUCUCGAGCAUAAGGAAAUUUAUGAGCACACAAAAGUGGUCCUAUAUUUUGGAGGUGCAAGGUCUGGAAUUUAUCCAAAUAACUGCUGCUUACAGAGGGCUCAAUUCCAAAAUACUCACAUCAAACUCUGCAUAUUUUACACGUGUGUGCUGUAUGAGGCAGACUGGCUUGUAGAAGAAUUGGGAAAUUUGGCCUGAGCAUUUAUCCUAAUCUACAAAUAGGUAUGAAAUCCCCCUUGACAGCAGUGAUGCUUUUUUGGGAGAUCACACACUUGUGUCAUCUGACCACAAGAGUUUCUUGGCACUCAGUCACUCGGCUGAGAAAUGAAGUACAGAUUUACUGGACUUCAACACAACAAAUGUUACAAUAUCUGCUGCAUCUUGUCUUCAGCAAGGCCACCAUAUUUAUUUUUAAAUUUAUUUUUAUUUUUAUUUUUAUUUUUAUAUAAGCAUCAGCUGGCAACAGCUUCAGUUUGGCUUUGUUUCUGUCCUAUGACACUGCAUUGUCUUAAGCAGAGUCUCUACAAAUCUGUACAUUAAGUGCUACAUUUAAAUUGUGUUUUUAUGGAAAAUGCACAUUCUUAAUUAGCAUUGAACAGGACACUUAUCCUGUACAUCCAUGUUGGGUGCAUGCAUUUAUAACAGUAUUUACCAGAUGAACCAGUAGGAGACAGAUGCUUAAUCAUGCCACACCCCUUUAAUUUAUCCUUAAUCAUUGAUUCACAUCUACUGCAUGUCCCUCAAGUGUUAUUUUUUUCCACAACAUUUACCUUAGCGUAUAUUUCAAUGUGUGCUGUUCACCUUAUGGCUUCAGAGAGGAUGUGGUUAUGGUCUGACAGAAAGGAAGCUUUGCUGUAGAUGGGAAGAUAAAGCUCAAAAGCACCUACGCUGCCUCUUGAACACUUUUUUUUUUCUAAAUUAACUGUCUUCUUUCUCGUGUUUCUUUCUUUGACGGUGAGCACAGCACAGAGUUCCCAUGUCCUGGGAAACAAACAUUCUUGGCUCAGCCAUGAAUAACUGUGUGCUCCUGGAGGAACUGCUGAUCAAGAAAUCCCAGCAGAAGAGAAGGACUUCACCCUCCAACUUUAAAGUUCGCUUCUUUGUCCUGACCAAAUCCAAGCUGGCUUACUACGAGCAUCGCCACGGGAAAAAAAGGACUUUGAAGGGUUCUGUGGAACUUUCCAGGAUUAAAUGUGUGGAAAUUGUGAGAAGUGACAUCAUCAUUCCCUGUCAGUACAAAUACCCUUUCCAGAUUGUCCAUGACAGCUACAUCCUCUACGUGUUUGCCCCCAACCGCGAGAGCCGGCAGAGAUGGGUCCUCACGCUGAAGGAAGAAAUCAGAUACAACAACAGUUUGGCUUCAAAGUGUCAUCCAGACUUUUGGUUGGAUGGCAAGUGGAGAUGCUGUGCUCAGACAGAGAAGAUGGCAGCUGGCUGUGUGGUAUAUGACCCCACCAAAAAUGCCUCAAAGAAACCUCUUCCUCCCACUCCUGAAGAUAACUGGAAAUUGCUGCUGGACCCAAGGGAAGCAGUGGUCAUAGCCAUAUAUGACUAUGAAGCCCAGAACCCACAGGAGCUGACGUUACAAUAUAAUGAGGAAUAUUAUGUGAUUGACAGCUCUGAGGAACAUUGGUGGCUGAUUCAAGAUAAGAAUGGGCAUGAAGGCUACGUGCCAAGCAGCUACCUGGUGGAAAAAUCACCUGAGAAUCUGCAAGUUUAUGAGUGGUACAAUAAGAACAUCAGCAGAAGCAAGGCAGAAACACUGCUCAGGGAUGAGGGUAGAGAAGGGGCCUUCAUGGUGAGAGAUUCGAGGCAGCCUGGCAUGUACACAGUCUCUGUUUUCACCAAAGCAUUAAGCAUGGACAACAAUCCUGUUAUAAAGCAUUAUCACAUCAAUGAGACAACUGACUUUCCCAAGCGAUACUACCUGGCAGAAAAGCACGUGUUUGACUCCAUCCCUGACCUCAUCAACUACCACCAGCACAAUGCAGCAGGUCUCGUGACGCGGCUGCGACACGCGGUCUCCUCCUGGAGGAAACAGGCCCCCAUCACUGCAGGCCUCAGCUACGGAAAAUUGGUCAUCAAUGCCUCUGAGCUCACCCGUGUGCAGGAGAUUGGCAGUGGUCAGUUUGGGGUGGUCUACCUUGGCUACUUGCUAGACAAGACCAAAGUAGCCAUAAAGACCAUCCGUGAAGGAGCAAUGUCUGAGGAGGAUUUCAUCGAGGAAGCCAAAGUCUUGAUGAAGCUGUCUCACCCCAAGCUGGUCCAGCUUUAUGGUGUGUGCUUUGAGGAUGCUCCCAUCUGCCUGGUGUUCGAGUUCAUGGAGAACGGCUGCUUGUCCGACUACCUCAGGAGCCAGCGGGGCAGCUUCUCCAAGGAAACCCUGCUGGGCAUGUGCCUGGAUGUGUGUGAAGGAAUGGCUUAUCUGGAGCAAAACUCUGUCAUCCACAGAGAUCUGGCUGCCAGGAACUGCCUGGUGGGGGAAUCCCACGUGGUCAAAGUGUCUGACUUCGGGAUGUCAAGGAUUGUCCUGGAUGAUCAGUACACCAGCUCCUCAGGCACCAAGUUUCCAGUCAAGUGGUCUGCCCCUGAGGUUUUCUCCUACAGCAACUAUAGCACCAAAUCUGAUGUUUGGUCAUUUGGAGUGCUGAUGUGGGAGGUGUUCAGUGAAGGUAAAAUCCCCUAUGAGAAUCGCACCAAUGCAGAGGUGGUGGAAGAAAUCAACGCAGGAUUUCGGCUCUACAAACCCAAGCUGGCCUCCAAGGCAAUUUAUGAGGUGAUGAGCCACUGCUGGAGGAUGGGGAAAGAUGAGCGGCCAUCCUUUUCUCUUCUGCUGUUUCAGCUGAGUGAAAUCUCUGAGUUUGAUGUGUAAUCAUGGCAUUGCAUGCUCAGCACAGCCAAGAGAGUCCUGAGGAGAGAGAAGGCUGGAUUUUCCCUAACAAAGCAUUAACAGGAAUCCUCUCACCAUAAACACUUGCCAUAUGCCUGGGGAGAAGGAGAGGGCAGAGGCUGGUACUUCCAGACAGACAAGAUAUCCCCAGGCUUUCCAGAGCCUAGACAGACACAGGCUUUGGUUUGGCCAAGAGUGUGGUUUGCAUCUUAAAAGCAGAAGUGACUAUUGAGCAUGGAGUCCUGAACCACACAGUCCAGCAAGGGUGUUUCUUCUGAAGAGACAGCCUCAAAAUCUAGAGAUCUGACAUUGCUGUUCUAACUCUGUGAACUCCCAAAUGAAGGUCUUCCCUGGAGGGAGAUAAAAAAAAAGCUUUCUUUAAAUGAGGAGGAAUGCUUAGACAUUUCCCUGGCUCUCUAAUUCAGAGUGGGCUGGACCUGAAAGCUCUGAACAGGAAUAAGCCUGGGGGACACAGAAGCAGGCUGGAUUCAGUGACUGCAUUUCUGAUGCUGGUAUUUCAAGGUGGUUUUGUUUUCCCUUUGCAUGAUUUUCUCUGCAACUGUGGCAUAACAGGAACAGGAUUUGGAUACCUGGUAAGCUGAAGUGGUAUCUGUGUGUGCACAUGAGUUUGUGAGGGAGGAAGAGAAAAAGAAAUGUAUGUGCUGAAGAGUCUUGAAAUUCUCUCAAAUUGCAUUGUACAGUGAGUGGGAAAAUGGGACUCUGAUGCAAAUGAAGACAUUCUUGGAGGGGAGAAGUCAAAGCUGAAUGUUUAUAUUGAUUUUUUCUUCAGUCUUUCCACAUCAGAAGAUUAAUGUGUGACCUCCACCCAAAUUCUUCCAACAAAGUAUGGAGGAGUGGGCAGUGCAGAGUGUUAUGUGUGCACAGUCCAGGACAAGACAGAGUCCCAGGAUCUGAUUACCUGUGAAAGGUACAGGAAUCUACCCCUGAACUGGUGUGUUGGGCAGGAAGGAGCCAGAAGGCUCAGGAGGGAGCCAGGAGGAGAAAACAUGCAGAGUAUGUGCUCAGUGCACAAGUGGUCAUGAGAACUUUAAAAAGUAACAAAAUCACCAUAAGUAAAGACUUCUCCAUCUCUUCUGUGAACAAAGGCACUGACCAAAAAAAAAAAAAAGACCAGGGUGAAUGGUGUGCCUGGGUUCUUCCUCCUCAUUAUGUGGUGACAGCAGAAGGUGUAAACAAAAUCCAUCUCCUGGUAUUUCCAUUAAGAUCUGUGGUUUCACUGCAAGACAGAGACACUCUUCUGACAAAACUGACUUCAAACCCAAAGUGUGGGUGUUGGUGUCCUGCAGAAUUUGUAAAUAAGAUCAGGACUUUUAGCUAAGCAUUAACAAUCACUAGGGAAGUCAGGAGGGCUCACAGAUGAUAUGUGCAGACAUGCAACGUAUAUUUUUGAUGCUUCUCUGUUUGGGCAGGUGAGAACACGAGGAAACCUUACGUGACAACAGCUUACAAAAUCUCUGAAAUGCAAACUUCCAGCAGCAACCUCCUGUCUUUACACAAGUCAGGUUCAAAUAUGUUUGCCAACAAAAAUGGAACAAGGAAAUAAUGUAAUCCCAUGAUCUCAUAUAUCCUGUGUCAAAUUAUUUCUUCAUAGAAGGAGGCUUAAUUUUUGGUAUUUUUCAAGCUCCUUGUUCUAGGGUGGCUUUUAGGAGCCAGAAUAUCUUUUCAAGCAUGUGGAAAUGGGCAAGGCAUCAGUUCCUGCCUUACACAUCUCCCCACACUGUGACAGGGGUGUCGACAGGCUCACAAAGUUCAGCUCACUGCCCCCACCAUCCUUGAAGGACCCAGGGGGCUGCUGAGCAUGAGGACAUGGCUAUUAAGGAGCAGCAAUAUUGCUCUGUUAGGUGACAUUUCUGAAGUUAUAUUUAUAUCAGGAUAAGUGUAAUAUUUAUUAGCUAGAGUGGGUUGCACAAAAUAUUAUUGUGAUUGUUUAUGUUCAGUUUUAUUUUGCAGUCUUUCUAU